AUGGAAGUAUUUAAGAUUCUUUUUGUCUUCCUCAUGACUCUGCUUCUUGUGCUCAAGGUCGCACUCUCUUUCUGGUGGAGUCCAAGGAAAAUUGAAGGACAUUUCUCUAACCAAGGAAUCAGAGGACCCCCUUAUCGUUUCUUCAUUGGAAAUGUGAAAGAACUUGUGGGAAUGAUGAUGAAAGCUUCCUCUCAACCCAUGCCUUUCUCUCACAAUAUUCUCCCUAGAGUCCUUUCCUUCUACCAUCACUGGAAGAAAAUUUACGGUGCAACAUUCCUUGUUUGGUUUGGACCCACUGUUCGAGUCACCAUCUCUGAUCCAGACCUCAUCCGGGAAAUCUUCACCUCCAAGUCAGAAUUCUAUGAGAAAAACGAAUCUCCCCCACUUGUGAAGCAGCUUGAAGGUGAUGGACUUCUUAGCCUCAAAGGAGAAAAAUGGGCUCACCACCGAAGAAUCAUCUCUCCCACCUUUCAUAUGGAGAAUCUCAAAUUGCUGAUACCGAUUGUGGCAACAAGCGUGGUUGAGAUGUUGGAGAAGUGGAAGACAAUGGGCGGGAAGGGUGAGGUGGAAAUCGAAGUUUCGGAGUGUUUUCAAACCUUAACAGAAGAUAUCAUUACUAGGACAGCGUUUGGAAGCAGCUACAAAGAUGGAAAAGCCGUUUUCCGGUUACAAGCCCAACAAAUGGUCCUAGCAGCAGAUGCCUUCCAAAAAGUGUUCAUUCCAGGUUAUAGAUUCUUUCCCACAAGAAGGAAUAUAAAUUCUUGGAAAUUGGACAAGGAAAUGAAGAAAUCGUUGGUGAAGCUCAUCGAUCGACGAAAAGAGAAUGCGUGUGGGAAUGAAGAUAUGAAAGGGCCGAAGGAUUUGCUGGGGCUUAUGAUUCGGGCUUCGGACACCACCUCCAAUGUGAAGAACGUAACGGUCGAUGACAUUGUGGAAGAGUGCAAGACUUUUUUCUUUGCAGGCAAACACACAACUUCGAACCUGCUGACGUGGACCACGAUUCUGCUUGCUAUGCACCCGCAGUGGCAAGUACGGGCACGUGAGGAGCUCGUGAUGGUGUGCGGUGCACGUGACAUCCCCACCAAAGACCAUCUAGCCAAGCUUAAGACACUGACUAUGAUCGUGAAUGAGUCUCUGAGACUGUAUCCUCCCACAAUCGCCACCAUCAGAAGGGCGAAAGCUGACGUGGAGCUAGGGGCGUACAAGAUCCCGUGCGGGACGGAGCUCCUCAUCCCCAUCCUGGCCGUUCAUCACGAUCAGGCCACGUGGGGAAGCGACGCGACCGAGUUCAAUCCUGGCCGUUUCUCCAACGGCGUGUCCCGCGCCGCGCUCCACCCUUUCGCUUUCAUCCCCUUCGGCCUCGGUGCGCGUACCUGCAUCGGGCAGAACCUCGCGCUUCUUCAGACCAAACUCACCCUCGCCAUCAUGCUUACCCGUUUCACUUUCAAAUUGGCCCCGACCUAUCGCCACGCGCCAACGGUCCUCAUGCUGCUCUACCCUCAGUAUGGGGCGCCAAUCAUUUUCCAACCCAUAGCCACCACCGCAACCACUGCGGAUUGUUCCUGA